AUUGGCCGAGCGGUUGCCAGGAGUGUUUACAGCGAACAUGGCUUCUGUUGGAGAGCACCAAGAAAUGGAAGUGGACAGGAGGGGCGAGUCAGAGGAGUCUGGGGAUGAUGAGGCAAGGAGGAAGAGUAUCAAUGGAGACAUGGAUCCCAAUCAGCCUGCUUCCUCAUGCAAAGAAGAGUCCCCUGUCGACAUGGACACGAUAACUUUGGACCCUGAAGAAGAGGACGUGGAUCUGGUUCAUUGUCGUAUUGGAAAGAUUGAAGGUUUGGAGGUGCUACAGAAAGCUAAAACCCUCUCCUUGCGGCAGAACCUCAUCAAAAAGAUAGAGAACCUUGAAAGUCUGGGUGCCCUGCAAGAAUUAGAUCUUUACGACAAUCAGAUCCGCAAACUUGAAAACCUGCACAUGCUCACGCAGUUGGAGCAGCUUGAUGUGUCCUUCAACAUCCUGAGGAAGGUGGAAGGUUUGGAGCAGAUGACUCAGCUGAAGAAAUUAUUUUUACUUCACAACAAAAUCAGUUCCAUCGCCAACUUGGACCACCUGACAAUUUUAGAAAUGCUGGAGCUUGGGUCCAACAGAAUCAGGGUAAUAGAGAACCUUGACACACUGUCAUCUUUGCAAAGUUUAUACCUCGGCACAAAUAAAAUAACAAAGCUUCAGAAUCUGGAGGCUCUACAUAACCUGACUGUUUUAAGCAUCCAGAGUAACCGUAUAACAAAGAUUGAGGGGCUAGAAAACCUGGUAAACCUGAAAGAGUUGUAUCUGAGUCACAAUGGCAUCGAGGUCAUCGAGGGCUUGGAAAACAAUAAAAAGCUCACGACUCUGGACAUUGCAGCUAAUAGGGUGAAGAAAAUCGAAAACAUCAACCACCUGACAGAUUUGCAGGAGUUCUGGAUGAACGACAACCAGAUCGAAAACUGGACAGAUCUGGAUGAGCUGAAGAAUGCCAAGUCUCUAGAGACGGUCUACCUGGAAAGAAACCCCCUGCAGAAGGACCCACAGUACCGGCGGAAGAUCAUGCUGGCGCUGCCCAGUGUACGUCAAAUCGACGCCACCUACAUCCGCUUCUAGGCGACAGCACUUGCUGUGCAGCACCAGAUAGUGUUCCCUCCACCCCGCCUGCGCUGUGACUAACAAGACUUCACUCUGGACACAUCAACCUCGCUAUACCAGUCACUCUAUAUACAGAAAUGCAUUCCAACGUCAGAACAGCGCACUCAACAUACAUGUAUGCAUGUAUGCACUCAUUCACAUGUUGGAUCUAUGCGAAUGUAUCUUAGCGUAUUUAUUCAUCAGGCUGGAUAUAAAGUAUGAAACGCAAAUAUAAGCAUCGCCACCUUUCUUUCACCUUUUUUUUUUUUUUUUUUUUUUUUAAGCGUGACGCAACACAUUAUUAAUGCUAGGGGUGACCUUAGUUUUCUUUUUCAUUGUAAAGGUAUUGACAAUUCUAAAAAAAUAAAGGCCAAUUUGAGCCUGGCUGCCAUUUUAAUGCAAAAAAACACACUUAAAGGUUUGUCACAUAAUGAGUGGGGGACAUCCCGAACAGGUCGCCAGGCUGUUGCAGGGCACUUUUUGACAAAUACUCAAGUAGUCACCUAUUCACUUUGUGUUUUUGGACUACACAACUCCGCCAGACUGCCCUGCUUACUGUUUACACCUUUCAUUUUAACAUCGAUCAGUUAGGUUUCACGUGCAUGCCAUUUUUGGUGAGAUUAAAAUAAGAAGUCAACCCCUCACUCUUGACUGUCGCAGUUCACGCCCACCUCAUCUGACAGGAAGGAAUUUUGCAGUAGAAUAAAGCUCAUGGGAAUGUAAAAUAUAUAUCUUAGGUUUGUAAAGAGUAGAAUUUAAAGUUCAUUUUUUUAAUUUCAUUUUAAAAAUGGUACAUUUUGGGGUUUGUUUUAGGUGUAUUUGCUGUGACACAUUUUGAAGGUGGUUGUUUUUACACUUAUCGGAAACUUAAAUUUUGUUUUUUGUGCACUUUGAUAUGUUUUAACCUGAAAACCACCCAGAUGAUGCACUGGGGACUUAAUGGUAUCUUCUGUACAGUGUGAAAGAAUAUGCAUUAUUUUAAAAUUGGCUCUCUCCUCAGGGCUGGAAGUCACACGUUGACAUAGAGGUUUAAUGUUCUGAGAUUUUUGAUCUAUGUACUUCAAACCGCCAUUAAUUUUUAAUAAGUGACAAGCAUCCUGUAAUACGUAUACGUCGUAUUACCUUUUAUAUUUAGCUUCCCAUCAAAAAUGAUUGCAUUUUUUAUAUAUUUUACAAAGGUGUUAAAAUAUCCUUCGUUUUAUUCAAUUAGUUUUUGAUUUAUCUGAUUCACUGCAGUGAUUCAUACGUGUACAUUGUGUUAUUCAGUCACUUGACUCGAGAAAGUGUGAUUUGUCAUCAGUUGUAAAUCUUUUGAAGUGAAAGACUGGUGUCACUCUUCUAUUUGUCCCAAAAAAAAGUAAACCCAUUUACAUUCUUUUCACCCCCACUGUAAUAAACAGAAUUAUUUGACAACUUGAGUUUUAUUAGUUGUGAAAAGAAGUGCUAUUAUUGAUUUUGUUGAUCCAGAAUAAAUGUGUUUCUGGACUUUAUAGC